AUGCGUAUCUUUUAUUCAUUAUUAAACUUCCUUUUACCAUGUAUUUUGCUAGCACAAUUAUACAUAUUUAAUAAGUUCUUAUAUUCUUUGCAUCCACAUGCAAAUAUAAUAUUAAAUGGAGCUAAUCAUACAGUAAAUAGGACCUUAUCGGAUUCAUUUAAUUUACCAGACAAAACAAAAUUACGAACUUCAAAUAAUAAUAAAACAUUGCAUAAAAAUACAAGAGAUAUAAAAACUGUAAAUUCAAAAAUAUAUAAUAAGGGAUAUUCAGAUGAUAAAAAUAAUAUAAAUGAAGUAGAUAUAAUAGAAUAUGAUGAACCAAAAAAAAAUGAAAUAUUAGAAGAUCUAUUGGAAGAGUAUGAUGAAGAAAUGAAAGAAUUAAACGAGACCAACCAAAAGCCAUUUUAUAAAAGAGCCUUACUCUUAUUAGAAGUUUUCGAUAAUAUAUUUAUAGACAAAUUAAUAGAUAUGAAUAUACAAAAAAAGAAUUCAUCAUUGUUAGAUCAUGCAGUUGUUAACUCAACAUUUAUUACUAGUAGAUAUUCAAUAUUAGGAUUACCCAUGUUAAUUUAUCUUAUUAGAAGUUUUGAAUUUUUGAAUAGAUAUGAAUAA